UAAACACUGGAGGCGUCUGCUCGCGGUAUUUUUGAAUAAGUUAUUGAUAAUAUGGUUACCAUGUGGUCCAGGUACACAUAUAUCAAUAAGACAUUUACUUUUUAGUUUGCAUGGUGGCCUGACAUACACCACCGGUCGAGGUCUGAUGUGCCAGUCGAUAUCAUGUUUCAUGGACAGACAGCUUGGUUUUCUUCGAGUGUGCCCUCGAAGAGAGUUCGACUUUGGAAGCAGCAUGACGGAAAAGAAGUUUCUUUUGAAAAGGCACAAUUUGUGUUCAGUGAUGAAUGUCAGGUUGCUGAUACAAGAAAGUUGUACGACAGCAGUGCCUACAUAAACGAGCACCUGGCCAUUUUUCACUCUUCCUACAUCUCAGAGUGUGUCAGGAAGGAAGACAUGAAGAAGGUGGUUCUUGGAGACUACUUUCUGCCACCUCUUGAAGUUAUGGAAGUAAUCCGAGGCCAAACCAAAUUAGCAUGGGAAAACCAUUCAGCAGAGUACCUUGAGGACUCUGAUGAAGAAUCAGUCUCUGAGGCAAGAGAGGGAGAUCAAGUGACAGGUCCAACACACUCCAGUUCCUCAAAAACAAGCAAAUCAAUAGCUGAUGUACAGAGGAACGCAGUUGAUGAAAGCUGCCCUAAGGCAAACAGUACACAAUAUUCAAAGCCUGAAGGUAGUCAGAGAGGAAAUGCAAGUCAGACAACUGAUAAGUCACUAAAUGACAGCUCAACUCAAAGGAGGAGUCCGAGACAAAGUUCUAGAAAGUCAAGUUCAACAGUCAUUGGAAAUAGCAAUGACACAAAUGUAGUGCAUAUUGACAAUCUGCCAAAGGUGACAGGUGCUCUGGAGCCAUUUUAUCCGGGUCAGAAUGGAUGUGUUGUUUUCAUGAAACCAUGAAACUGGGAUGCAUCUUAUCCAAGGAUGAGGAAUCGGAAUAAUCAUGGCAAUCUGGAUUACUGAAACAUUUAUAUUGUAAGCAAACAACUUUUAAAGAGGUAAAUGGGUUUGAGAAGUAAACGUUUACUUAGAUACUUUCAUGCAUGUUUCCUUCCAGGAAAGUUGACUUUCUGUAAGGUUAUGUAAUGUAAUGUAUCUCUAUUUUUUUAUCCCCCGGGGGAUAUAGUAUUAGGCUCGUACGUUAUGAAUUGGAAUAUCUUAAGAACCGUUGACUGGAUUCU